CGUCACACAGGAGGAAGACCAGAACAAGAUGGCGUCUGGCGGAGAAUACGUUGUUUUGGUUAUUAUGGUUUCUAGGUCUUAAUUACAACGUACAUGUGCACAUGUGUGUCGUUUAACAGAGUAAACGUCGUUAUUAAUUGUUUGUAUGCGGAUACAUUAGUCUGAGUGCACUUUGACGUGCUAGCCUAGCCUGCUGGUUAGCUUAGCUUGUUAGCUGCUAACAAAGAGAGGCGGAAGUGAUCGACACAUCAAAGCAGAGAUCCAAUACGUCUGUGAAGAACAUCUUCACCCUGAGCAACAGAAGUGGAGCUUCAGGAUGCAGACGGAGGAGCCACAGCACAACCUCAUUAAGAAGGAAAAGGAAUACCCACUGAUCCCCCAUUUUAAAAAUGAAGAGGAACACCCACUAAUCCCCCAUUUUAAAGAGGAAGAGGAGGACCCACUGACACCCCAUUUUAAAAAGGAAGCGGUGGAUCCACUGAGCCCUCACAUUAAGGCGGAAGAGGAGGACCCACUGACCCCUCACAUUAAAGAGGAAGAGGAGGAACACAGCAUCAGUCAGCAGGGAGAGCAUCUUGAAGGACUGGAGGAGGUUGAAGUCACCAAGAUGCCAGUGACUGGUGUCCCUGUGAAGAGUGAAGGUGAUGAGGUGAAAGGUGAAAGUGAGGAGAGGGGAGGGGGGGAGCCUCCAAGCAGCAGCUCAACACAACACAUGACAACAGAAGCUGAUGGAGACCACUGUGGAGGAUCACAAGCAGACAAGCUCUUAGCUCCACUAUCAGAUAGUGAGGACACAACGUCACACUCUCCUGACACUGAUGAUGAAGACUCUAAAGAUGAUAAGACAUGUCACACUGACAACACUCACUUCACAUCUUCUCACUGUCACAAAACUUUUAAAUACCCAAGUCUUCUGAAAGUCCACAUGAGAACACACACUGGAGAAAGACAUUUUUUGUGUUCGAUCUGCGGUAAAGAUUUUACUCAAAGAUACAUUUUGAAAAUACACAUGAGAAUACACACUGGAGAAAAACCUUUUUCCUGCUCAGAAUGUGGUAAAAGUUUUGGAAAAAAUCAAAGUUUAAAAGUACACAUGAGAACACACACAGGAGAAAAACCGUUUUCCUGCUCAGAAUGUGGUAAAAGUUUUGUAAGAAAUGAACAUUUAAAUGUACAUAUGAGAUCACACACUGGAGAAAAACCUUUUUCAUGUUCAAUCUGCGGUAAAGAUUUUACUCGAAGGGACCAUUUCAAAAAACACAUGAGAAUACACACUGGAGAACAACCUUUUCAUGUUCAAUAUGCGGUAAAUAUUUUGCUCGAAAGAACUACUUGAAAAUACACAUGAGUACACACACUGGUGAAAAACCUUAUACUUGUUCAGUAUGUUGUAGAAGUUUUAUACAAAGUAUGCAUUUGAAAAGACAC